AAAAAGUUUUUCUGCUGUGAAACAUACCGACCUCCUCGCAAGCGACUUGUUUUGGACGCAAACGAACAUUAUUCAGGAUGAGUUCUUUUGCUCAUAAAAAGACAGAAGACGGUCUCACCAAUAAGUACCAUUAUAACUUGAAAAGACAAAUUGAAAAGGGGGAUCAAUUUUUAGUAUGUCGAAACGAGGAUCUUUGUAAAGAAACACAGGCACUCCUUCGCAAUGCCAAUGGCCAGAAGAUACACAAUCUGUUUAGAUUAGAUACGCUGAUGGUGAUGGACAAAUCUCUCCGAUCGUUUCACUCAAAAAGUGGCCAAAAGGGGCUUGAGAAACUUUUCAAGGCCUUUGAAGUGUUGGAGCUCGCCGCGUUAAACCUUUACAUCUACCCGUGGAGAAGAGAGUACAGACUUGUGAAGAUGUUUUCAGGUAUGUUCACCCAUUUAAUCAAACCAACGUUGACCCCUCAGCAAGCUAAAGAGCUUUUUGGUUUGCUCGGAUACGAGCCUUCGAGUAAUAACCAAGAAGAGGAGUUGGCAUUGAACUCCAAACCAGUUCCUGCUGAUUUCUUACUCAGCCUGGCCUGUGGUUUCUUUGUGGCUCGGAUGGAGUGCCAGCUGCUGCUUUCUGCCUCGGGCUCUGUGAACAGAGACGUGGAGUGGGUUCUGCAGCUAAUUAAGGAGAGGCAGGUGGGCCAUAGUCUUCAGCUAGCAUUAGAGAAUACUAACGUCAAGUCAGAAGCUGCUAGAGCAUCUGAUGACAUUGUGACAGGUGGAAUAGACAAUGAAGUGGAUCUGUACACUGCACAAGAUGCUUCUCAUGGAACGUCAAGCUCUUGUUCGCCACCUCACUCUCCUUAUAGCAAGUCUUUUCGCAGAGAUCCCUCACAAUCAGACAUUGGGAAUAAUGAUGAUGCAAUGUGGAGAAGAUCACUCAGCAUUAAUAACCCAGGUCCAGUAGAAAGCAUUGGUGAAGAUCAAUCUGAAAGUGAUGCACAAAGGCGAGCAGCAAAAGUCCCAUGCAAAUGUAUCACUCCAAAUGCUUUUUACAUCUACGAGUGUGAGCAGUGCAAAGACAUCCACAGUUCAUCGUGUAGCCAUCAUAAGGAGUGUACUAUCAAAGGGCAUACUUGUGUUCUGAGCAAAUACAAAGUUGAAGAUCUCAAUUUAACACAGGCUCAGCCAAAACCGAGCAGGGAAAAGUCUAAAGAUUCCAUGAAGACACAUAGUUGUGUGGCCGGUUCUACUUCCAAAUCUUUUUUAGUGUGCUACGACUGCCAAUUUAUACAUGAUCAUAACUGUGACUACAUUAAAAAAUGCAGUAUGAAUCACAACGUGCAACCCACAGGACAACUACAUCUCCCUCAAGAAGAUAGAGCAAAGGCCCCAAAUCAACAUACUUGUCUUACCGCCAAAACCGUUAUCUAUGCAAUCUGUCACACUUGUAACUAUGUCCAUGAUUGCAAAUGUGAAUAUUUGCAAAUAUGUAUGAAAUAUGUACAUCAUGUGGAGUACUCCAAGGAAAUGGGUGAUUCGGAAACAACUUGUGCACCAAUACCUUAUCAUCCCGGGUGUUGGAAAGGUAACCAUCGUGUACCUGAAAUCAUAUGCCUCACUUGUAAGGUCUUUCAUUUUCCUCUGUGUCAUGAUGGACAACAAUGCUCUAAACUACACAACAUACAAGUUGUUGGAACUGAGUGUGUCAUUUGCCACAGUUGUGAACUUUUCACUUUUUGCAGGUAUUGUGGUGCCCCCCAUUGCAAAUUGUGUUUCUAUAAAAACACCUUGUUAUGCAGAUGUGGAAAAUCUUUAGUUAGCUGUUCCGCUGUUUAGCUUGACCACGUCUGGUUGAAUUUUAAAGUCAAAAAUGAGCAAAAUGAGUCUAAAAUACUGAGGGAAACAAUGUAAUCUGUUCUCUUAUUUCUUUGAUAUCAGAAAUAUCUUAAAAGUUACAAAGUUCACUAAGAAUAAGUCUGACUCUGUAAAAAGUGUCUAUAAUUGUUUUUGUUAUUGGAUUGUGUGAUGGCCAGUCCAAUAUUUUAAUGUUGUGGAAGAUUAUGUUGUUGGGUCCUAGAUAACUAAGCAUUUUUAUGUGUAAAGGAAUAUACUGCCAUAUAAUUACGUAAUAACACAUUAUCUGUUAUUUUGAUAGAAUUACAAUAAAGAGACUGAAAGAGCA